UCCACAUUUCUGCAUUCGAAUUUCAAACGGCCAUGUAAUAAGAAGCUACUACCAAAUAAUAAUUGAUAACGUGUAUUUAUUUAAUUAUUUAAUUAAAAAUAAGUGAAAAUGAACUCUAAAGUGAAUUGUGUAGUGUUCGGACUUUGUUUAGUUGCCUUAUGUACUGCUGGACCAGUAGUAGAUGAAUCUCCUCGGCAUAUUGACAAUUCCAUUCACGCAAGUGAACGCGGUGGCAUUGAAGAGGCGCUCAUGAAAAAAUUAAACGCGAAAUGUACAAAUAAUGACGUUAGUUCCUGCAUGAUGCUCAAACUCGUCACGUACUUUAAUAGGCUAAUGAAAAAAUCGUCGAUCGAAUUUGGCGACGUUGAAAUUACGCAAACAUCCACCGAAACGAUCAUCGCACAAGAAGAUACUUCGAGAAGCAUCAAUACUGAGAAUAUGUCCGAAGAAUCUCAAUUCGGGGAGGUUAUGUACAACAAAGUGCUGAGUUUUAUUAAAACCCGCUCAUUAAAAUGGAAGGUUACAGACGAUGCCGAUAUCGUAAUUUCUGGCGGAAGCGGUAAAGAUGGCGCACUUAAUUUAGGCAUUUCAAUUAAGCCGGACACUUCCAGUCCGGGAGAUGCCAGAAAAAAGAAAGAUGGUGGAAUGGGCGCGAUAAUGGGACUGGUGGCUCUCAAAAUUGGUUUACUUAAAGCUAUCGCGUUUAAGGCUCUCGCGUUGUUAGUCGGAAAGGCGUUGAUCGUCAGCAAGCUGGCGCUCGUUUUGGCGCUGAUUAUUGGCCUUAAGAAACUUCUUAGCACUGAGAAAUACGUAACUUAUGAAGUGGUAGCACAUCCUCACCACGAUCAUCACCACGAACACUCCUUCAGUGGAGCUGGUCAUGACAGUUUUGGACAUGGUGGAGGUCAUGGUCAUGGACAUGGAGGAUGGGGACGAUCAGCGGAAGGGGCGGAAAUUGCCUACAGGGGACAAAAACCUGCCACCUAAUCGAAAUAAAACGAAAUGAAGGUUAAAUUACCAUAUUGGUGAUUUUGAAAUUGAUUUAUUUAUUGUUAUUUAUUAUGUAUGCCAUUAUAGUCAUCAUUUUUGUACCAUAAUUUCAUCGUUAACCCUGUUUGUCAAAUAAAGUUUUUAUUCAUGUUGAAUUACC